UAUUGCUCGCAAUCUGCAUUAAACUUCUCACAACCAUCUGGUGUUUGUAGGAAUCACUGAUCCAGGCCGACUCAACCGUGUUCGGCUUGAAGCAAAGAUUAGCGGAGCAACAAGAUGCCCGAGCUAAGUUCGAAGAGAAGCUUUGCCUUGCAUUGGUUGACAUUGAGAAGAUGAAGGCGGAUCACAAGGAGUUUGAAGAAAAGGCCGAAGCUGAGCGAGACGCCUUGUUGAAAAGGGCUGAACAAGCCGAGGAACAAAUGAAGGGCGCCGUGCGGGAACUGACCGGGCUAAAACUUCGCAUCUCCAAAAUGGCUAAUGUCGUGUUUGGUCCUCGAUCCGCCAAUCUCCAUGAUGAUUGCGUAUUCAAACUGAAGGCAAUAUAUACCUUAAUAGAGCAACUUUGUAUUGGCGGCAUGAUGACUAUUAAGGCCGUUAUGGGCGACAAGGAGCCCGUGAAGUCAAUCAAGUAUAUGUUGGGAUGGUCCAAUAUGUGUUAUUCAGUCUGUCUUCUAGAAUUUUCAACUCGGUCUAGUCAUUGAUGAAAUCAACUAAGGCCUGAGAGUUGAUGGUCGUGCGGGGCAUACACAUCACGUGAUGAGGACCAAGCUCAAUGGCCUGCUUAGCGAUCCGCCCGGUCGCCUCACGAUUUUGUAUGAUAUCGCCAAGUGGAGCAAAACUAAACUCCA